AUGCAACAGUCACCUCUCCAGCACGAAAACCCACAAACCAGCACGAUUUCACAGGAAGCUAAUUCCACACAAAACGUCCAAACACCUCCAACUCCACAGACACGCGAUCCGACUUCCCAUGUAAUUGCUACGUCUUCCCAACUUAAUGCCCAACUUAGCGCUCAACGGUCUCCGUUCGUUGUAGGACUUGCUGCUUGGGUGCCACCAGCUGGAGCUUCAACUGCAGCAUCGGAAACUGUUGCAACACCGGUGACAAAAAAUGUUCAAAAAGCGUCAACAUCCGUAUCGCAGAACAUUAAAGCUCCAGACAUUUUUUCUCACCAAGCAGCAUUUCCUAUUCAGCAGAUGCCUUUCAAACAUCUUAAUCCUACUCAACCGGUGUCUGUAGUAGCUAUUUCUGCUCUUUUAGAACCCGAUCAAAGGACUGAGGAGCUUUUGGGUGCCUUAUCUAUUGAACAACUAUCGUCAAUCGAAAAGACUAUACAACGUGUAAAGAGAAAAAAAAAUAGAGAGUUAAAAAAGCACAUUAAUGAUAGUACUGCUGUUAACAAUAAUCUCAACAAUAAUCCAGCUACUCAUGCACGGGUCGAACAUUCGGUAUCAAACACGAACACAACUCCAAUGUUAGCACCAAAUCCUUUGCCUUCACCUGUUAACGCUAGUACUACCACUACUAUAUCUUUUGUUUCAUCAAAUGUCAAUAACAGAGUUCAGGCACAGGAUCAACAAAUUGUUCAUCAACAACAACAUCAACAGCCUAACCUCGACCACCAACAGCACCGUACACAGCAACAGCCAGUGCAACAAACACAAAAUCAUUCAACUCAACCGCAGCAAAACAUAUUAAUUCAAACACAAACCGCUUCGAAGCAACAAUCUCCAGAGAUAUCUAAUCGACCCCGCCGAUCUGAUGUUCCAAUUACUAAUCCAAAUCCAAACCAUGCACUUCCAGCAACUGACCCAAUUAUCGAAGAAUUUGAAGGAGUGCAAUGGGUUGUUUUUACAUAUUCAGUUAAAGGUAACAACAAAGAAUAUCGUAUACGGAUCGACAUUGAUAGGGUUAACCUUGAUGAGAUUGAUGAACAAUUUAGACAUGAUAAUUGCCUUUAUCCAAGAGCCAAUUGUACCGAGGAUAAGUACCAAGGUAAUCGAUGGUCAUAUGAAAAUGAAUGUAACGCAUUGGGAUGGAAAUUAGCAUGGCUUAAUCAAGAAGAAAUUAGUGGCCGAAGGGGAUUACUUCAAAGAGCAGUAGAUAGUUAUCGAAAUCGUGAUCCUUCACUACGUUCUCGGAGAGUUGUUCGAAAUGAAAAGAUUAUGAAUGGAACGCUACGUAAAAGGGUCACAAGAGAUAAUGACUCUUGUGAUGCAUCAUCUGAAAUUUCAGCAAAAAGACCCCGAGGAGCGAAUAAACAAUUGACAGUAGAAUAUACAGUAAAUGAAGAUAUUACUAAAAUUCGUAUACGUGCUGAUAUUGAAUGUGUAAAUUUAUCAGAAAUUUCUGAUGAUUUUAAAAAAAAUAAUAGUGUGUAUCCUAAAGCUGCAGUUGCAAAGGCAAAUUAUCAAGGAACAAAUUGGGAACAUGAGUCGGCAUGCAAUGAGUUAGGCUGGAAAUUGGCACAUUUGAAUUCUACGAAACUUAAUGGGAAUAUAUUACUUCUUCAAAAAGCAAUAGAAACGUACCACGCAAAAUAUACAUCUGACAUAAAGCCUCGUCGAGGAAGGUAUUCACAUACUCUUUCAUCUAAAUUCUUUGAAAAUCAUCCGCGUGAAGUGAAUUCGGAUGCUACUACUUGUGCGACGACAUCAUUAUCAAUGAAAGAAGCCAGUCAUCAGACAACACCUGUUAUUGCAACUGAUGCUAUGGUAAUGUUAACACCUUCCGAUUCUAAAUCGGCAGUUAUAUCAAUGGGAAAAGCAAAGGAUUUAAAUAUUGCAGAAAAUAAUCCUUUGGAAACUAACAAAGAUUAA